CGUUAACUCCUUUGCUAUACACAGAGAUACAUAGAACAAAUGGGCGCUUACUUCAGCGCCGUAUCCAGCAUUCCUGCUCCGCCUGUCAAGUUCUUCUCCUUACUAGGCCUGUAUCACCUCUUACCGAUUCAUUUCCCUCUCACUCUAUGGGGGAUCGAUGCGCCGUUUGGCAGAUUCGCAAGGCAAGAUGGUCAGGGGAGUAAGCUGCUCUGGAUGAAUGGUAACAUCGCUUGGGCAGCCAUGGAAAUCGUAGCUCCCCUGACAAUGUUAUACAACAUUCUCAAGUCGCCUCGAGCCUUGUCGGCAAAAUCGUUUAUUAUUGCUGGCUGCUACAUCACCCACUACAUCCACCGUGCAAUUAUCUCUCCUCUGAUUCUGUCUCCUUCGAGAUCGCCUUCGAACAUCAUUGUACCCAUUACAGCCGGGUCCUACAACUUGCUUAACGCAUACUGCCUGUACACCGCUCUGGCUUACUAUCCUACGAAUCGAUCAGGCAAGGCGUUCUACGGCCUGCUGUCGGGCUGGGCGAUUGGCUUGAUCCUCAACAUUGUGCAUGAUGAGAUACUCAAUGAUCUUCGCCGACCUAAGCAUGCUCGACGAUUCGGCGGGCAAUACCUAUCAGAAGAAGAGAAGGACAAGAAAGCCUCGGGAGGUCGAUAUGCUAUUCCUAGAGCCGGGCUGUACAGCCUCGUCUCGCAUCCCAAUUACCUGGCAGAAUGGUUCGAAUGGAUCUGCUUUGCCUGUGCCUCUGCGCCUUCUUUGUUCAUCUCAGUCCCAGAUCACAAGAUACCGUUCGUCAGUGAUUAUUGGCAACCUCAACAGCUUCUUCAUCCUAGUUGGAUGUUUGUAGCUUUCUUGAUCGCAUCAAUGCUGCCUCGAGCUAUAAGAACUCAAAGAUGGUACGAAAAGACCUUUGGAGUGCGAUUUCCAAAGGGGAGAAAGGUCAUCAUACCGUUCAUCCUGUAAAAAUGGUAUUCAUGCAUCAAGUAUAGCCGGCU